AUGAAAAGUUGCAACGUUGCUACACCGUUGUUCACAAAGCGGCAGCCGUUUGAGCCACACUUGACAUGAUGAUGAGUGAUGACUAUCUCUCACUUCUUCUUUUGCUUCCUCUCUUAGCUCCGGCCAUGAGAAUCCUCACUUCUCCUUUCCCAAUCGCCCCACCUCACUCUAAAUCCAUCAUACCCAGAACUAAAUUUCAUCAAUGCAGAGUUGCCAUAAAGCCACCACCACCUAACUUCGAUUUCAAGAAUGAAUUUUUCACCACCUCUCGGGAUGCUAUUGAACAAACCCAUCCCGAAUUGCUAGAUUUGGCAGAUGAUGGAACUCUGUUUCUCAUCAAGAAGAACCAAUUUGGACCUGUUCCAUCGUGGAGAACCGAGUUUGUUGAACCAGAGGCUAUUUGGCUGAUUGGAACGAACCAUCUUUCUAUGCAAUCGGCUGUGGAUGUUGAAAGGGUCAUCCGUACUGUCAAGCCGGAGAAUGUGGUUGUGGAGCUUUGCAGAAGCAGGGCUGGCAUCAUGUACACUUCUGACGAAAUUGAUCUCAAUCAGCCCUUAAAAUCAAACAUGUUCUCUUUGAGUGGAACUGGGUUUUUCGGUGCUGUUGGUCGUAGCAUUAACUUGGGGGGUCAAACUGCUCUAGCAUUACGCAUCUUGCUGGCACUUUUCUCUUCAAAAAUGUCUUCAAGUGCUAAUCGGCCUUUUGGAGAUGAGUUCCGUGCUGCUCGAAAGGCUGCUGAGGAUACUGGUGCUCAAAUUGUAUUGGGGGAUCGGCCAAUAGAAAUAACUCUUGAACGAGCAUGGACUUCACUAAAAUGGAAAGAGAAGACGAGCCUUCUACUCUCUGUCUUUGGCGGAAUAACCUCAUCCGCUGAACUAUCAACAAAGGCAUUGAAGGAAUCAAGUUCUGAUGAUAGUAGCUUUCAGCUGUAUGAGAAAUUAAGCUUUUCAUAUCCAUCACUUCUGCAGCCACUCCUACACGAACGUGACACGUUUCUUGCUUGGUCUCUGAAGAGGAGCAAAGCUGUGAACAACUGUAAGCAAGUUGUCGGAAUCAUUGGGAAAGGUCACAUGAAUGGAGUAAUCUAUUCCUUGGUGUCUGAUCAAGGAAACUUGCGUUUUCGAGAUCUAGCUGGGAAGAGUCCUUCAGGGGGACUCUCUGGCUGGACAACUACCAUCUUUGGAAACCUGGUUAGAGACACUAUAAUUGGUGUUCUCCUGUGGCUAUUGUAUGAACAACUAACCAGUGGUUUGAAGUUGAUUGAUUAAAC